ACAGCAGAGAAUUUGCCUUUUUUCUGUUAUUCAAACUAAAAGUGAAACUCAAAAAAGAGAACUCAAAAAAACUAAAAAGAAAUAGCAGUAUGGCCUCUAGCAAUGCUGAUGACUGCUCACGUAAUUGGAAAUAGAGUGCAUAAUAAUCUCUUCUAUUAAAUUAUUUAAUAAGACAGACAUAAAAUAAAUUCCAUCUUUGAAUUUCAAAUUCAAAUCUGAAUCCCCUAGCCUAGGUUGCACAAAAAAAUUAUUGAAUUGAAAUUCAAAGUCCAGAAGGAGUUUUAGAGGAUUCAAAAAGGUCCGUUGAGCGCCUAUAUCUUAUGUCAUAAUAGAUUCGAACACUUGCCCCGGAUUAACUUCCGGAUCAUAAUUGUUCUAGUGAAUAACUAAAGAAAAAAAUUGGAAUAGAUAGAUGGGAGAUAGAAUAGAAAGAAACUAAAUAAAAAAAUCUCUCAAAAGUUCACUAAUCUUUUUUUUUUAUAUUGGCAGGUCUCUUUGUAUGUGUUGUCCGGAAGGAGGAGGACUCAAUGAUUAUUCGUUCGCCGGAACCAGAAGUAAAGAUUUUGGUAGAUAGAGAUCCCAUAAAAACUUCUUUCGAGGAAUGGGCAAAACCCGGUCAUUUCUCAAGAACAAUAGCUAAGGGACCCGAUACUACUACUUGGAUUUGGAACCUACAUGCUGAUGCUCAUGAUUUCGAUAGCCAUACUAGUGAUUUAGAGGAGAUUUCCCAAAAAGUAUUUAGUGCCCAUUUCGGCCAACUCUCCAUCAUCUUUCUUUGGCUUAGUGGCAUGUAUUUCCAUGGUGCUCGUUUUUCCAAUUAUGAAGCAUGGCUAAGUGAUCCAACUCACAUUGGACCUAGUGCCCAAGUGGUUUGGCCAAUAGUGGGCCAAGAAAUAUUAAAUGGUGAUGUUGGCGGGGGUUUCCGAGGAAUACAAAUAACCUCCGGUUUUUUCCAGAUUUGGCGAGCAUCUGGAAUAACUAGUGAAUUACAACUUUAUUGCACCGCAAUUGGUGCAUUAGUAUUUGCAGCCUUAAUGCUUUUUGCUGGUUGGUUUCAUUAUCACAAAGCUGCUCCAAAAUUGGCUUGGUUCCAAGAUGUAGAAUCUAUGUUGAAUCACCAUUUGGCAGGAUUACUAGGACUUGGAUCUCUUUCUUGGGCCGGGCAUCAAGUACAUGUAUCUUUACCAAUUAACCAAUUUUGAAAUGCUGGAGUAGAUCCAAAGGAGAUUCCACUUCCUCAUGAAUUUAUCUUGAAUCGGGAUCUUUUGGCUCAACUUUAUCCCAGUUUUGCCGAGGGAGCAACUCCAUUUUUCACCUUGAAUUGGUCAAAAUACGCGGAUUUUCUUACUUUUCGUGGAGGAUUAGAUCCAGUAACUGGCGGUUUAUGGCUGACUGAUAUUGCGCUCAAUCUAGAUCUUAUGGCAAAUC